AUGGAGACUCCUGUCUCAGAAGGAUUUAUUAGAACGCCAAUACGAUCUCCUGAGGCCAACAGAGCUCUUAAAUUCUCAACAUCCGAUCAAAAUACUUCAGAUAAUACAGCACAGGAUACUUCUCCAUCAGAUGGCUGUGUUAACACCGCUUCUAUUCUUCUUGAGCCCAGUGAAUAUUUCUUUGAUGACGAGUUCGCUGUUCCUUUUGACGCGAACCUUCGGGAUGAACCGUCAAUGCGCCAACAAGAUCUCAUUGACGAAAGCGAUGAGGGAAUCUCUUCUUCUGGUCUUCUAGCACCUCCACAUUCACGUUCUGAUUCAUGUCUGUUCAUUCAACCCGAUGCUGUCGAAUGUGUUCAAAGCGGUGUUGAUAAUCGUAAUGCUGUACGCUCUUCCUCUCGCUCUCAUCAUGACAAUGUGUGUUGUCCUGAUAGUACAAGUGCCGCUGAUGUCAAUCCCAGUCUCAAUCGAAUUCAUCGUACCCUCUCAGCAGAUUUCUCCUCUGUUUUGCACGAUAGGAAUGCUAUGGAUAAACUCUUUGACAACUACACUAUAACAUUCAGUGAACACCAACAGCUUCCCCCCAAUAACGUGCCAACAUCUAUCACCGGAAGUUGGAUGCAAACAAUUUUAGAGGGUUCCUGUUGUCCACGCGUAAAAGAAUUGCUCAAACAAACUGCUGAAGCUUUGGACUAUCGACUCGCUUGGGGAGAAGUCCAGAUGGGACUUGAGGAUGGAUCAGUAAUGUCACCCUCAAGUCCCCAGACGAAACAAAUCGGUAAAAUUCAGCGGUCCACAAGCCAUGGGAAUAUCUUCACCGCUGCUAGCUUGGCUGGUAUGAGACGAGCUCUUGCAAAUAUAAAAGUCGCAGCUCCCAAAACAUACCGUUCUGUUGGUGUGUCAACCUCUGAUUGUUCUGUUGGUGAGCCAUCCCUGCCUGACACAACGACUACUGCAACUGCUGGUACAACAACUUGGGCUCGAAUCAGAAGCAGUCGGGAAUCGUUAAACGGCAAAAAGAUAGGGAAUUCCGCUACUGUAAUCCUAACACCACCCAAAUCAAAUGUCCCAGAGUCUGUUGUUACCUGGCGGGCAAUUAAAGAAGCUGCUGGAAGUGAGCUAGCAACAUGGGGUCAGCUGAGACGCACAGCUUCCCUUGGAAAUCGCAGGAUGAAAGCCACUUCUGAUGUGAAGAAAAGUGCCAAACCUGCCGAUAUGUGUACAUCUCUUAUAUCUCCUGGACUUGAGGCAGCUCUUAAAUCUCCACUCUCGCAUAAAGCCAUGCAUAGGUACUCGGGAACUCUUCUAGAAAUAUUUAUGCGUGCUCGAGCUAGGGAUCUGGUAUCAAGUUCCUGCCCAUCCACUAAUGGAACUGAAACUAAUGUGGAAAAUGCCCCUAAAAUCAUUCAGAGACCGGGAUUUAACCAUGGAGAUAAUAGUUCUACUAACUUUUCUAUUCAGACAAAUGCUUUAAUGCUCUCACUAGGCACUGAAACAGAACAGACUGGCGAGACGGUUGAAAAUAACCCACAUAUUUUGCUGCGAACAGCUCUUCCGCCACCGAAAAUGUCUCAGCCACCUCUUGUACCCCCACGAAAAUCCAGUGUUGGUUCCCUCCGUCUAAUGUACGUCAAUCGAUCUGGAGGAACGUGUUUUGCUUCUAGACUCAAUUCUCAUCACCCUGACAAUAACCUCCUUACCAUGUCUGCUGAUCCUGAAUCUGAGUGUAUGACUCGGCUGAGGGAAGCCUCCUAUCUAGCCCACUUGAAAAAUCCCCGAGGUGGAAUAGUCUAUCCUGGAUUGGGUAAACUAGCCAUCCCCAAGCCCUCAAGAAUUGAAAGCAAUACCUUCCUAUCACAAACUCUUCCAGACUUAUCACUUCUCGGUAAAGCAGCUGAGCAGGAAGUGAAAUCUGGGACUCCGACAACUCGCGUUCCUUCGUUGUUAUCGAAGGUUCCACGCAGAGCUGCGUCUUCGUUUCCUUCGUCGAGAAAUAUCGCAUCCGCUGGUGGUUGUCAUCCCUCAAAUGCGGAAAUCGGUUCUUUGCGGCAAAGAAUGGGGAUUCAUGUCGGCCAUAGAGCCUCUGACGUAACUGACUCUCGUCUACUGGAUUUACUAUCAAGAAAAUCUCAAAAUGGGGUCGAGGGAGUAGAUCGAUCAGCAUCAGAUCCGGAUGGGAUUGAUACCAACAAAAGCCCCCUUAUGACUUCAUCUCUAACUAAGGGUACCUCCAAAAUGCCGCCAUUGGAUUUGAACUCUCUGGGUUGUCGAGCUCGUUCGCAGUCGAAUACAUGCAAGAAGAGUGUUAGUUACAAUGGAAAUAUUCAUCGAUUGCCCGAGGGGUCUAAUAUCUGCCGAUCGCCUGAUCCUAAGGUUAUUCCAAAAAGCUGGGGUCUUUAUGGACACGAUCCACUUCCAUUAGCCGUGUUUCAACCUUCCAACGAAGAUACCAUAAGUGAUGUUUCAAGCACCACUAAGCCGUCUGACGUGGAUGUACGCUAUCAUGGUGAGUAG